CAACGCAUCUGCGCAGCACACACAGCUACGAAGAGGCUGAACAGAAAAACGUCGCAUCCGUGUUUAUGAAAAUGCCGUUUUCCGUUAACGGCAUCCUUUGCACGCUCGCGCUGCUGGUCCUGUGGCGCGCGGAGGAGCUCGCGGAAGCGUGCAGCUGCGCUCCGGUACACCCGCAACAGGCGUUCUGCAACGCCGAUGUGGUGAUCCGAGCGAAGGUGGUAGGAGAGAGAGAGGUGCAUUCUGGGAAUGAUGUCUACGGGAACCCCAUCAAGAGGAUCCAGUAUGAGAUCAAGCAGAUCAAGAUGUUCAAGGGGCCUAACCAGGACAUCGAGGCCAUCUUCACUGCUCCUGUGUCCGCUGUCUGUGGCGUUACCCUGGAUGUCAACGGCAAGAAGGAGUACUUGAUCUCAGGCAAGGCCGAGGCCGACGGGAGCAUGCAUGUGACCCUGUGUGAUUACAUCAUGCCCUGGGACUCCUUGAGCAACACCCAGAAGAAGGGCCUUAGCCAGCGCUACGAGAUGGGCUGCGAAUGCAAGAUUGUGCGCUGUCCCUCUUUGCCCUGUGAGAUCUCGGCUCCGGAGGAGUGUCUGUGGACGGACCUGAUGAUCGAGAAGCAGGUGCACGGACGCCAGGCCAACCACUACGCCUGCGUCAAGAGGGCGGACGGUUCCUGCUCCUGGUACCGCGGCAUCGCGUCGCCCAAGAAGGAGUUCCUGGACGCCGACGACCCUUAGUCACGUGGCUGACCUGACUGCCCACUGCACAGCCUGGCUGGGAAAAUAAAUGUAAACGAUUCCAUUGAAAUUAUAGAUAACAACAUCAGGAAAACUGAUUUUUUGAUAAAUAUAUAUUUUAAAAAGGGAAAGCUAAUGUGACUGAAUUUACCUGCUGGUCUGAAAACAACCUUCAGCCUCUCUUUGUAUUUGAUGUUCGUUAGCUUGCUCGACUUUACUUGAAGGGGCUCAGAGGUUGUUCUCAGACACGGCGUCUCUGUAAAAAAACCAAAUGAAAUGGCAUCAUGAGACAUAGACUGGUCAAGUGAUGAUGUCACUUCCUCCUGAGGCUGGCGUCAGGAGGAUAUAAAAUCUCUCGGGGCGACUGAGCACUUCCUGCCCCGCAAAGCGCUUUAACAGCUCUGCUCUCCAACUCCACCAAUCAAUCCCCGAUCUACCGACGAUCAUUCGUUACCCAUCGUGUUCCUACUUUUAUUACCUCAUUCUCCAUUUUAUUCCAAAGCCAAAUUCCAAGUUGCCUUUUUUUCUUUUAAAUGAUUGUCUCUCUCUCUCUCUCUCUCUCUCUCUCUCUCUCUCUCUCUCUCUCUCACUCUCACUGGACCAGUCUAUGCUGUGUAAAGACGAGCGCUCUAAAUUCAAACCUGCUCAUGAGGUAAAACGCCUCCUCGUCGCCCCACAGUCCAAUCAGAAAUAUCCCAAAAUUCAACUUCCUCAUCUUGUCUUCAUCCCUCUCCCUUGCUAUCCCCACUAUGUAGCUGUACAGUACCCAUGCAUAUACUUUUGUUGUUACUUGAUGAUUAUUAUUUACUGCAUUAGAACUAGAUUUGCACUUUUUGAGGAUGAGUUCCAGUAAAGACAAGAGCCUGAACACUCUGAUGUGACAGUUAUUAUAGUUCGCCGAGACCGACGGAUCCCCCUCAGGUGCAGAUUUCUCCUAUUUUGAGUGCUUUUGGUGAUUCAUAUUCACAGACUUAUUCUUGCUAUCUUUGUCAUAACAGAUAAAAUAGUACUCGCAAUGGAAGAAAAACGAAAAAAGUGGCGUGUGAGAGGUUUCGGAUACAAGGGAUCUUUUUACAGAUUUUAUGUGUGAAAGGGAAACAAAAAAGAGCUUUGUUGGCUGUUAUUUCAGUGUCUUUGUAUUAUCUGUUGACUGUAAAUGCCAACAGCCGUUUCAUUAUUUGCCAGUAUAUUCUCACAGAUGGUUCAUUUCAUGAGUAAUAAGGUCUUUACAUGCUUAAUGUUAGCUUUGACUGCUCCUUCCAGUUAUUAAUGAAAGCUUUACCGCUAUCAUAGAAAGCAAGUUACUCUAUCCAAGUUUACAGUGCUGUUUUAUACACCUCAAGCUACAUUAAUAAAAAAAAAAUAUAUAUAUAUAUAUAUAUGAUGGAGUAUUAGAGGCAUAAUUUAAAAGUAAACUUUCCAUUUUCCAUUACUUUUUUAUUUUUUCAGUGUUAUAAUUAUACCUGUCAUGAUUUUUAUGUGUUUUUCGCUGUCUUUGUCUACGAUGUCUUUAGCUGUAGUGUCGAGGUGAGAAAGUCCUCUUGCGCUGGAGUAACGUGAGAGUGAGAGAGAGAGUAAUCUUUUUUGGAAAGGUGUAGAGAAAUGAGAAAUGGGUACCUUGUGUGAAUAGAGGACUGUGCAUGUGUUUAAUGCUUUAUGUAAGUCCAGGCGAAGGACAAAAUAUGCAGUAUUAUCAAAUAAAAACCACACGUUUGAAAGAAUAA